AUGGAGGUCUCAGGGAAAAUUGCGUUACGCAAGUCACGCACCGACAGGCUCGUUGCUUUACAGCAAGAGACACCUGCUCAGCCAUACAGCAUUGUACAUCGACUCAAACUUGCAGAAGCGUACAAAUUUCUCGGGUAUCCCGAUCUCGCAGUUGGCGAUGCUUAUAAAGCGCUCCUUCUGGUCGAUGAGAUUGCCGAGGAAGGCGAAUAUCACGAUGAAGUCUUCGAAGCCGCAACAUCUGAUUUUUUAACCGAAAAGAUGACUAACCUAGCUAUGAAUCCUGGCAAAGAAGAACAGAGAAGUGAUGAAGAUCAGGUUGUGACUUGGGCGAAAACAAAUUGGUCAAAAACUGCAUACGAUGUUCUCGUCGAGUGCCUCAUGUUCUGUGGAUGCCUUCGCAGCGCUUAUGAUUACAAUACUCGCGCUCAGCAGGCUUUCCCUGACGACACAACUUUCAAGAAACACAAUGACACCUUAUCGAAGAAGCUGCGCGCCUACUUUGAGGCCAAGUCUGAGAAUCCUGAUGAUGUGGAUAUUGAUGAAUAUCCGGACAAAGGGGUUGUACGUCGCGAGCAGUAUCCAUGGAAUGAGUUUGAACCAGAUCGCUUCUCAGACGAAUGCUUGCAAUUUCUCAACGAUGAGAUGGCGAGCAUAGCACCAAGUCUGGAAGUAAAAAUUGCCGAGCUACCACUCCUCUCGACAAGUUCAACAGAUCAAUCAUCAAGUUCAGAGACUCGGUUCGUGAAACAGCUCGGCGUGUUUGCGAAAGAGGAUAUCUUGCCAGGACAGCAGAUCCUUGACGAGAAGUCUCUCUUGACUGCCGUAUCAAGACUUCACGACACAUACUGCGAUGCCUGUAGUACAUUACUACCUAGUGCUCGAGAUGUAUCCUCGGCAGAGAGCUCCGGAGACUCCGCUAUUACCUGUGAAGAGUGCGAUGAGGUGUUCUUCUGUAGCACCGACUGUCAUGAUCUAGCUCAAGACAGCUACCACUCUUCAAUUUGUGGAGUUAGUAUGGAUCAAGGCAAAGUACCGGCUAGUGAAGCCGCCGAUUCACUGUACUCUCUUCUCUUGGUGCGCGCGCUAGCUUUAGCUGAGACGCAGGACGUCCAUCCGCUAGAGCUCAAGGAAGUACGGUAUAUCUGGGGUGACUACCACGCCCUCAACCUAGAUACUGUAUGGCAAGUCGAUACCCAAGGCCAACUGAAUGACGCAUUUGGCUCUGUGCCUCAAACUCUUUCGUUCUCGUUCAACAGCAACGUGUUGUUACCACUGCAUAUCCUGGAGAAGAUGGACGUCAACAUAUUCACUCAGAGCCACCGCUACGACACCUGGGUCUUCAAUACCCUCUACGCCAAGUUCCGAGGUACGGCAUCCGCACGGCAGGGUUUGGAUGGAAGGCCAGAGAUUGGGGCUGUUCAUCCGAUGUGGUGUCUUGCAAAUCAUAGCUGCGACCCCAACGUAGCUUGGGAAUGGCAGGGAAGCAUGAAAUUUUGGACACGCGAGAAGUUGGUCGAGUGGGAAGGGCGGGAUCCAAGCAAGAAGCCCGGAUUGAGGAGAGGCGAAGAAGUCUUCAGCCACUACUGCGAUGUUCGCUUGCCCGUCCAAGAACGCAGGGAGUGGGCUGUCGGAGCACUCGGGGGAGAUUGUGUCUGUCCCAGGUGUAUGUGGGAAGAGGCCCACCGAUGA